AUGAGAGAGCAAUGGAAUGUGAAGCAAGCUAUGAUGGAAGAAAAAAUGAAAAAACAAGAACAACUAUUGUUGAAAGCUCAACAAAUAAUUGAACAAUUUCAAGAAAAUGUGGACAAGCCAGUCUCGCAAAAAACUACUAUCGCUCCUGCUCUUGAAUCAAAUCGCACUGACUCUUUAGAUGAUACGCAUGCAACAGAGCCUUUUGCUCACAAACACCAAGAUGUUUCUCGAUCAGAAAAAAGAAAGGCUUCUUCUGUGGAAAUAACUUCGUCGGGUUCUGCUAAUAUUUCAGUUAAUAUAACUAACGAGGAAACCACAGUUUCAGACAUAGAAUUCUAUGAUCAAGCUUGCCAUUCUGUAACCCAACAUUCUGAAAAUAGUCGUCAUGCAUAUGAGAAGAGAUCAAGCAAGAAUACAUUAAAAGAGACAACAAAACGAAGGUCUCCGAUGUUUGACGAUGAUAAUUCUGAAGAAGAAUAUGUGGUUCAGAAAAAAAGACAUCAUCAAGGUAAAAGCGCUGACGAGUCCCAACGCGGAGGACAUCCACAAACCAAGCAGGAUAGAAAACAAAAAUCCCGAACGACUAAACAACGUACGUAUUCAGAAAGUGAAGAGGAUGAAGACCAUCAUAAAAUAAAAGAAACGUUAGGCACAAGAAAUGACGGUUAUCAAAAAAUGCGAAAAUAUGCUAACAUGCACUCUUCUGAGUCAGAGACGAAUGAAGAGGAUGGUAAUGGCAGAGAGAGAAAAAAAUUCACCAGGCUUAGUGACGAUGAGUAUCUUUCAGAUAAUUUAUCAACUUUCCAUGUACAAGAUUACAAAGGGUUCGAAGAAAACAGUGGCAGAAAGAGAAAAAUGUAUCACUUAAAGCAUGGAGUGUGCAUUAAACGCGAGCACUGGGAAUCCAUGAAGAAAAUGUUUGAUGCUAAGGAGUAUAUCAAAUUUUUUAUACAUUCUUUGUACAAAGAAGAGGAUUUAAUAGACAAAGCAUUUGUUUUGAGCGGUUGCAAACGAGACCGUAUACCUGGUAGGAUUCGCUCAGAAUUUUCAGCUGACGAGAAAGCAGCUAUCAGAAAAACAUUUUUCUGCUGGGUUGAUAAAACUUCUCAGAAUAAAAAGCAAGCAAAAUAUCACAAAAAUCACUGGAAAACGUACAUAAGUGACCAUAUAAACAGCUUAAUCGAACGUGAGAAAACUAAAAUGCAAAGACAUGAAAAAUCGUUGAAUCUCAAAAGAGCUGCUAAAGCUUCCGCAAGAGCGCAAAGUUCAAAUAUUCUCAAUAGUGAUGUAGGAAACAUGCACAUUAAUAAAUUAAUGGCAGGAAUAAAUAUUCCAGAAUUUCACUGGAAUACAUAUACAACACAUGAAAAUGAAGGAGAACGAGCUGCUGAUGAUAUGGUCCGAGAAAGUUGUUUACGUGGUGUUGCUAAAGAAAUAUUUGAAAAUGUAGAUUCAAUUGAAAAGAUGCUAUAG